AUGAGUUUUGUGCCAAAAAAUUUACUUGAAAAUCUUUCAAUUCCAAAUUCACAUGUAGAACAAAUUAUUGAAAGAUUAGUGAAAGGUGAUAUGAAAUUUGUUGAUUUUAUUGAAUCUUUGAGAGAUAAAUUGACAGCAAGAGAGGCAGAGGUUAGAAGUGAAGGGGUUGGUGAACUCUGCGCUGUCUUUCUAAAUUUGACUAAAACAAAUGGUUCUGUAUUGGAAUCUGGAGAUUAUGAAUAUUUACUUAACUUUUUGCUUUCUAAGGUGGAGGACUCUGCCCACUUGGUAGACGCACUUAUAACGGCAAUCUACAUUUUAACAGAUUUAUUGGAACGUUUGUUAACUCAACUUUUUGAAAAUAAUGGAGUGCAAAGUUACAGUCGGAAAGAUCGACUUCUUCUUUUUGCAAUUUUUGAAUAUAUUUUGAAUUUAACUCUUGAAUCUCUUAUUUUUAGUCAAAAAAGAUUAAUUCUUGCAUUUAUACAUUCAGCACAAGGGGAAAGAGAUCCUCAAGUUCUUCUUGGAGUUUUAAAAAUUCAUCAAAUUUUGGCUAUCCAAUUAAAUGAUCCAUUACUUGUUGAAGAUAUGUUUGAACUUUCAGAAAAUGAUGACAAUUCAAUUACUUCUUUAAUGCUUAAACAUGCUCUCGAACUUUGUAUGACAUCAAAUGAAUUAUUUGUUUCUUUCUUUUUUCAAUUUAUUGUUGAAAAAUUAGUGGAAAGUGAUGCUGAUGCAGUUGGUGGUGGUGGGGGUGGUGAUUGUGAAUUACUUAAUAAACAAUUGGAAAUUUGUGAAUUUUUUGUUUUUGCUUGUAAACGUUUUAAUUCAAUAUCUAGUGCAAUUGAUACAAAUUCUAUUGAUGAUUUGUUGACAGCUUUUCGUUUAAUUUUUAUGAAUCCUUCUCAAAAUUCUAUUUAUUUAACAAAAAGCACAAAAAUUGUUAAACAAAUUAUUUUUGUUCUAAAUAAAGAAUUUACUAAAAAUGGAAUUGAAAAAGUAAAAGAAUUAACUAAACAAAUGGUUAAUUCUACUUUAGAAAAUAUUGAACCUUUUAUUCUUCAAGCAGAAAUGGGAACAAUGGAAAAAAGUUUUUGUCUUUUAGAAUGUUUGGUUGAAGCAAGUUUGGAUUUAUUUGACUCUAUAAUUACUAAAAUAUUUUAUUGGAUUAAUAUUUUAAUUGAAGGAAAAACUCUCAGAGCUAAACAAAAUUGGAUUGAAAUAGCUUGUGAAGCAAUUAAUUUACUUCCUUAUUGGCUAAAUUUAUGUGUUGGUUUUAUCCCUAAAAAUUCAUUUAUUAAUUAUUCUCCUUCGAAAGAAAGAGUUGAGGAAAUUGUUACGAAUUCAAUAAUUCCUUUAAUUUCUGCUAUUUUUUCAUUAGAAGAUUCAGAAGAUAUUCAAAUUUUUAUAGGAAAAUGUAAUUUACUUUCUAUUCUUCUUUUACCAAUUUGCACAGAAUCUUCAAAAGAUUUGCCUUGCUUAAAAUUAUUUGGUAAUUCUUUAACAACAAAUAAACUUUUUAACAAUUAUUGUUUACAACAUUUUAAUAAUAUUCUUUUAACUUCUGAUUCUUCAAUUUUUGAUAAACAAAAAAAUAAUUUAAUCAAAAAAUUUAUUUCACUUUUUGUUGUUUACAAAAAAAUUAAUUUUGAUAAUUUGGAUUGUUUUAAUAAUUUUGAGAAUUUUAAUAACAAAAUUAUUUUUUUGUCUUCUUUUGUUUAUCCACAAUUGGAGAAAGAAAGGAAAUUAAUUAAAACUUUAAUUAAUAUUAAAAAUUAUUUUACAAAAAUUAUUUCAAAUAUUUUUGAACAAAUUAAUUUUGAAGAUAAAAAUUUAAUAAAUAAAUAUUGCUUGGCUAUUGAAGAAAUUUUUGAAAGAUUAAUUGAAAAUAAUUUUGAUUGUUUAGUAGAAGAAUUUUUGGAAGAAAUAAAGAAGGGAAUUUUGGAAAAUAAAAAAAUAAAUUUAAUUGAAAUUAGUGAUUUGGAGUCUUUUUCUAAUUUAUUUAGAAAAAUUGGAAUUUUACUUUACAAAAAUAACAAAAAAGAUUUACAUUUAAAAUUGUGUAAUUUGGUGCUAGAAAUAAUUACUAAAAAUAAUAAUUUAAAUGAAGAAAUAAAUAAAAGAAGAAUAUUUUUAUUUUCAAAAAUUUUUUUGUUUUUAUUUUUACAAACAGAUGAGAAGGAUUUAUUAAAUUCUUUUACAAAAAUAUUAUUUUCUUUAAAUUAUUCUGAGGAAAAUAAUUGGUUAAUUGAAUGUUUAUUUAAAAUAUAUUCUAAAUUUGUUUUUAAUUGUUUAUUAAAUAAUGAAGAGGACAAGGAGGGGAGUGAGGAAUUGGAGAAAUUACGUUUAUUGUUUUUUGAAAAUAUUUUGAAAUUAAAAGAGGAGGAGAAUAAGUUAAUUAAUUUUCGUUUGGAAUUAUUCGAAACUCGUUCAUUUCUUUUUUUAAAUAAAAAAGAAAGUCAAAUUAAAUUAAAUAAAUUAUUAAAACAAAUUGUUAAUUUAACUGAAGAUGAAGCUAAAAUAUUUGUUUUUAAUGCAAAAAUAGAAGAAUUAUUAAAUUUUGAUUUAAUAUUUUGUGAAUUUUCUUCUAUUUAUUUAAAUAUUUACAAACAAAUAAAAGAUCAAAAUGAGAAAAAAUUAAUUCUUUUAUGUUUGUUAGGCCCUUUAUUGAAAUUAAUUGAAAAUAUUCCAACAGAAUGUUUAUUUAAUGAAUUUAAUAAAUUAGCUCCAUUAAUUAGCGAUGCUCUUCCAAUUAUUUUUUUACAAAAAAAUUUUUCUUCAAUAAAUGAAUGUAUUUUAAAUAGUGUUAAAUUAAUUAUACAAAAAUUACCUUUUACUAAAAAGAAUUCUUCUCUUUUACAUUCAAUUAUUUUUAAUUUAACAGAAAUACCUCCAAAAGGAUUUUUAAUUAAAAAUUAUUUAAUUAUUUUUGAAUGUUUGGAAUUAGUUGCAAAAAAUUCUUUUAAUUUAAUUAACACAAAAGAACAAUUUUUGGCUUCUCUUUAUUGGCGUGUUGUUAGAAUAUGUACACGGGCUAUUAACGAAAAUCCAAAAAGAUUGGUGCGUCAAAGGGCGGCUUCGGCUAGAAAUUUGUGGGAAUUGUUAUUUUGA